AGUCGCGGUAUGACGAUAACACCUGCUUGCGUGAUUAGAUAAAGAGCAAUGUCUCCACCCUGAGUGUUGCGCCUUGAGGAGGAAGACAUAAUGGAGUGUUAACAGGAGAGUGAGUGAGUGUAAACAUUAUAUAGUGUAAACAAUGCGGUGUGCUGACAGACAUUCCUGGACGGUGAAGAAGUGGAGGAGAUCUUGAAGCAUUGAACCGCCGGCGUCACGGGGUUGGAGGCAUGGCGGCGUGGGUGCAGGCGUGGGCGGUGGCGUGGGUGGUGUGUCUGGCCGCCCAAGCGCACGCACAAUUAGGAGUGAGAGGCGUGGGCGGGGGUACAGGUGGGGCAGUUGACACGCCCACCACCACCACCACCACCACUACCACCGAUCAGCUGAUGCAAGGCGGUGAUGGUGAGGGUAAGGAAGGAGGGCACGUGGUCCCUGGGGUGCGGGAGGGCUCGGGGAAGCCGUGGGUGUGGCGGCCCCUGGCGAAGACCUACCAAGGCUGCUUCACCGAGGACCACUUCAACGGCACCCUCAUGUUCGUCAACUUUACGCAGGUGAUGGCGGUGCAGCAGGCGGCCAGCGCGGAGGAGGCGUGCUUCUACCUUUGCCGCAGCAAGGAGCCCUUCGCUACCUACAUCGCCGUCAGCCCCUCCGUCGGUGGUGGCGAGGACGGCUGUGGCUGCAAGCACUACCUUAACCCCGAGGAUGAGGUGGACGGAGCAGACUGUGACGAAGUACUGGGGCACUAUCGGGCGUACUGCGGACCUGCCAACUGGGACUGUAUCAACCGGGCGGGGCAGAUUAACACACCCGCCAGCAUCCUCCUCCUCCCCCUCCUCACGCUCCUCCUCUCCCGCCUCUGCCACCACGGAGCGUAGCGUCGAACACCUGAAUUUUUUAAACGUCGUAUUAGUCUUCAUCAGCAAAAGUGUGGUUGAUUUGUCUGUCUUUUUCCCGACCAGUUAUUCAAUGUGUGGUUAGUUGGUUUUGUUGUCUUGUUUUAUACCACUUUUUAUCAUUCAUUUUACGUAGUUGCUUUGUUGGAUUUUUUACUUAUCUUUUUAUCAUUCACUUUAAUUGGUUUUGUUGAUUUUUUAUAUCAUUAUCAUUUACUUUAUUUCACUUUCGUAGUCACUGUAGUUUUGUCUUCUUCUUCUUCUUCUUCUUCUUCUUCUUCUUCUUCUUCUUCAUCUUCUUCUUCUUCUUCUUCUUCUUCUUCUUCUUCUUCUUCUUUUUCUUUUUCUUCAUCAUCAUCAUCAUCAUCAUCAUCAUUAUCAUCUUCUUCUUCUUCUUCUUCUUCUUCUUCUUCUUCUUCUUCUUCUUCUUCUUCUUGUGCUAAAUAGGAGGAUGCGUACAAAUUGGAGAACACGCCCUCAUACAUUUUAUUAUCACCUUUCAUCAUUACUUUUAUAUCAAUUUUUACGACAUAGUUUGUACCGUGGAAACUUCACUGUGAAAAUCCAACACUUCAAAAUAACUUCCUCCCAAAACUGGAACUGAAAAGCCAGACUAGCCGCAAAACUUAAUGAUAAAUACUAAUGCGAUGUUUAAAAGAAUGUUGCGGUUGUUGUUUUCGUUGUAUUAAAGUGUAUAUAACGUAUUUUUGUAGUUAGUGUGUAUGAUGCAGGUGUAGAGUGAUUAUUAUUAUUAUUAUUAUUAUUAUUAUUAUUAUUAUUAUUAUUAUUAUUAUUAUUAUUAUUAUUGUUACCAUCAUUAUUAUUAUUAUUAUUAUUAUUAUUAUUAUUAUUAUUAUUAUUAUUAUUAUUAUUACUACUACUACUACUACUACUACUACUACUACUACUACUACUACUACUACUAUUAUCGUUAUUAUUGAGUAACCGUAAUAAACCAUGUCAAAUAUCUGCCGUAUAUAGAUAGGGUUAGGUACGCUAGGUUAGGUUAGGUUAGUUAUAGCUUGAUUAGGUCUGGUUAGGUUAGAUGUAAUUGGGUUAGAUUUGUUACCCCGAGAAUUGACAGGACAUCAAGGAAAAUAACAGUGACAGUAAAAGAAGGAGAAGAAUACGUGUAAAUAAGUAAACAAAUAAAUAAAUAAGAUAAUAAAGAGAUAAAUAGAAUACCAAAGUAGGACAAAAAGAAUACCUAAUGAGUUGACAGGUGGGUGUUGACCUCUGAUGAGUAAUAGAUAAAUAUAAAAUUUAAUGAUAAAAAAAUAUGUAAAUAGGUAAAUAAAUAAAUGAAUAAACGAAAGAAUAACAACAAAAGAGAAAGAAACAACAUCACGUAAACAUAAUUUUAUGACAACAGAAAAUAAAAUAGUCUAUUCUUGUUUAUGUAAAAAGAAUAAUGUGAUAAUUUUCAAUGGUUGUGUUUUCAUAUAUUUGUAAGAUAGUGACGUGUGAUUAUUGUGAGGUGUAUAUACAGUAACUUUCAAU